GGCCAGCCCAGAAGAUCCCUCCCUCCUGGAAGAUCCCAAGAUCAAGAGAAUUGCAAAACAACACUGCAAAACAGCAGCUCAAAUUCUGAUCCGUUUCCAAAUCCAGCGCAAUCUGAUUGUGAUUCCAAAAUCUAUCACCCCAAAGCGCAUUGAGGAAAACUUCAAGGUGUUCGAUUUUGAGUUGACCGAAGAAAACAUGAAUACUAUCCUCGGCUUCAAUAGGAACUUUCGAUUCUGCCCAAUGCAAUGGGGUGUUCAGCACAAGGAUUAUCCUUUCAAUGAUGAGUUUUAAACUUGGACUUCCAGGAAACUCUCCCAUCUGUUUUCUGAAGAGUUGUGGCUUUCUGAUUUUCAGGCCUGAAAGCUAACAUUACUGUAGUUAUUUGAAAAUAAAUAUGGUGCUGCUUAAUAGUAGUUAAACCUCACUCGAUUUUGUCAUUCCUAUUUUUCCAAACAUUCUUUUUUUAUCAGGUUUUCUCUCUUGUGAUCACUUAUCUCAACAGUUCCCUCCCCUCCGCUGAUCACUUUGCUUCUCGCCUCAAUGUUUUCUCUCCGCAAAUCCCACCUUCCCCACCUCCAGAAGUUAACCCCUCUUCCCUCAUUCACGUCCAACCCUUCCCAACUCUCUUCCUCCCCCCUACUCCACAGUUGCCAUCCCCCCAGAAACCACCACCCUAAUCCCCUCCCACUGUCCCUUCCCCCACUAAUGCCCCUGUUCACACUGUUCAAACAUCCAUUUUGGACAGAGAAAUCUCUCACCAUCCACAACCUCUGAAUGAGCGCAUCAAUCUGCUUGGGGUCACGGUGAUCUCCUCCCCCUCAUUAAAGUCUCCCCACCUGGUUACAUUUUCCAUCACAACCCCACCCUGACCAACACAACGACAGAGUGGCUCUCGUCUCCCAAACCUCUUUAUCCCCCCCAUUCCUCAGGCUCCUUCCCUUCCUUUGAGCACCUC